CCGGCCUCACCUGAGUUUUCCAGGAGGAUCGGACUCCGCGGCCUCCCCAUCUCCACCGCCUGGAACCCAGACCAUGGCUGCCAUGACCCUGUCCAUGCCUGGGCGGAAGGUAGCCCCCAAGCCAGGCCCAGUGCCCGAAGCAGCCCAGCCGUACCUGUUCACACCCCACACACCAAGCAUGGGUGGCCCUGGAGGGCCUCAGGUGGAGUGGACAGCGCGGCGCCUGGUGUGGGUGCCUUCAGAGCUACACGGGUUCGAGGCUGCAGCCCUGCGUGAUGAAGGGGAGGAAGAGGCUGAGGUGGAGCUGGCGGAGAGUGGGCGGCGGCUGCGGCUGCCCAGGGACCAGAUCCAGCGUAUGAACCCACCCAAGUUCAGCAAGGCGGAGGACAUGGCGGAACUUACCUGUCUCAACGAGGCCUCUGUCCUGCACAACCUGCGGGAGCGUUACUACUCGGGGCUCAUCUAUACCUACUCUGGCCUUUUCUGCGUGGUCAUCAAUCCAUACAAGCAGCUGCCCAUCUACACGGAGGCCAUUGUAGAGAUGUACCGGGGCAAGAAGCGGCACGAGGUGCCACCCCACGUGUAUGCAGUGACGGAGGGCGCAUACCGCAGCAUGCUCCAGGAUCGAGAGGAUCAGUCCAUUCUCUGCACUGGGGAGUCUGGAGCUGGGAAGACAGAGAAUACCAAGAAGGUCAUCCAGUACUUGGCCCACGUGGCAUCGUCUCCCAAAGGCAGAAAGGAGCCCGGUGUGCCGGCCUCCGUCAGCACCAUGUCCUAUGGGGAGCUGGAGCGCCAGCUUCUACAGGCCAACCCCAUCCUGGAGGCCUUUGGCAAUGCCAAGACAGUGAAGAAUGACAACUCCUCUCGAUUUGGCAAAUUCAUCCGCAUCAACUUCGAUGUUACCGGCUACAUUGUGGGUGCGAACAUCGAGACCUAUCUGCUAGAGAAGUCCCGGGCCAUCCGCCAGGCCAAGGAUGAAUGCAGCUUCCACAUCUUUUACCAACUGCUAGGGGGUGCUGGGGAGCAGCUCAAAGCUGACCUCCUUCUGGAGCCUUGUUCGCACUACCGCUUCCUGACCAAUGGGCCAUCGUCCACCCCCGGCCAGGAGCGGGAGCUGUUCCACGAGACACUGGAGUCGCUGCGGGUGCUGGGCUUCCUCCCUGAGGAGAUCACUGCCAUUCUUCGAACCGUGUCAGCUGUUCUCCAGUUUGGCAACAUCGUCCUGAAGAAAGAGCGUAACACAGACCAAGCCACCAUGCCGGACAACACAGCUGCACAGAAGCUCUGCCGCCUCCUGGGACUUGGGGUGACUGACUUCUCCCGUGCCCUGCUCACACCCCGCAUCAAAGUUGGCAGAGACUAUGUUCAAAAAGCCCAGACCAAGGAGCAGGCCGACUUCGCGCUGGAGGCUCUGGCCAAAGCCACCUACGAGCGCCUGUUCCGCUGGCUGGUUUUGCGGCUCAACCGCGCUCUGGACCGCAGCCCGCGCCAGGGCGCCUCGUUCCUGGGGAUCCUGGACAUCGCGGGCUUCGAGAUCUUCCAGCUGAAUUCCUUCGAGCAGCUGUGCAUCAACUACACCAACGAGAAGCUGCAGCAGCUGUUCAACCACACCAUGUUCGUGCUGGAGCAGGAGGAGUACCAGCGCGAGGGCAUCCCCUGGACCUUCCUGGACUUCGGCCUGGACCUGCAGCCCUGCAUUGACCUCAUCGAGCGCCCGGCCAACCCUCCUGGGCUGCUGGCCCUGUUGGACGAGGAGUGCUGGUUCCCCAAGGCUACGGAUAAGUCAUUUGUGGAGAAGGUGGCCCAGGAGCAAGGCGGACACCCCAAGUUCCAGCGCCCCAGGCACCUGAGGGAUCAGGCCGACUUCAGUGUCCUGCACUAUGCAGGCAAGGUUGACUACAAAGCCAAUGAGUGGCUGAUGAAGAACAUGGACCCGUUGAAUGACAGCGUGGCGGCCCUGCUGCACCAGAGCACGGAUCGGCUCACCGCUGAGAUCUGGAAGGAUGUGGAGGGCAUUGUGGGCCUGGAACAGGUCAGCAGCCUUGGAGAUGGCCCACCAGGUGGCCGGCCUCGCAGGGGAAUGUUCCGGACGGUGGGGCAGCUCUAUAAGGAAUCCCUGAGCCGCCUCAUGGCCACACUCAGUAACACCAACCCCAGUUUUGUUCGGUGCAUCGUCCCCAAUCACGAGAAGAGGGCUGGGAAGCUGGAGCCCAAGUUGGUGCUGGACCAGCUCCGCUGUAACGGCGUCCUCGAGGGCAUCCGCAUCUGCAGGCAGGGCUUCCCCAACCGCAUCCUGUUCCAGGAGUUCCGGCAGCGUUAUGAGAUCCUCACUCCCAACGCCAUCCCCAAGGGCUUCAUGGAUGGGAAGCAGGCCUGUGAGAAGAUGAUCCAGGCUCUGGAGCUGGACCCCAACCUGUAUCGUGUGGGGCAGAGCAAGAUCUUCUUCCGGGCGGGAGUACUGGCCCAACUGGAAGAGGAGAGAGAUCUGAAGGUCACCGACAUCAUUGUGUCUUUCCAGGCCGCAGCACGGGGCUACCUGGCCCGCAGGGCCUUCCAGCGGCGGCAGCAGCAGCAGAGCGCGCUCAGGGUGAUGCAGAGAAACUGUGCCGCCUACCUCAAGUUGAGGAACUGGCAGUGGUGGAGGCUCUUCAUCAAGGUGAAGCCACUGCUGCAGGUGACCCGGCAGGAUGAAGUGCUUCAGGCCCGUGCACAGGAGCUGCAGAAAGUCCAGGAGCUGCAGCAGCAGAGUGCACGGGAAGUGGGCGAGCUUCAGGGCCGAGUGGCGCAGCUGGAGGAGGAACGCUUGCGUCUCGCCGAGCAGCUUCGUGCAGAGGCCGAGCUGUGUUCGGAGGCUGAGGAGACACGAGCUCGGCUGGCAGCCAGAAAACAGGAGCUGGAGCUGGUCGUGUCAGAGCUGGAGGCUCGAGUGGGUGAGGAGGAGGAGUGCAGCCGGCAGCUGCAGGGAGAGAAGAAACGUCUGCAGCAGCACAUCCAGGAGCUGGAAACCCACUUGGAGGCAGAGGAGGGUGCACGGCAGAAGCUGCAGCUGGAGAAGGUGACCACAGAGGCCAAGAUGAAGAAGUUCCAGGAGGAUCUGCUGAUCCUGGAAGACCAGAAUGCUAAGCUAAGCAAGGAGCGGAAGCUGCUGGAGGAGCGUCUGGCUGAGUUCUCAUCACAGGCAGCCGAGGAGGAGGAGAAGGUGAAGAGUCUCAACAAGCUGCGGCUCAAAUACGAGGCCACCAUCGCAGACAUGGAGGACCGGCUGCGGAAGGAGGAGAGAGGCCGGCAGGAGCUGGAGAAGACAAAGCGACGGCUGGACGGGGAGAGCUCGGAGCUGCAGGAGCAGAUGGCAGAGCAGCAGCAGCGGGCUGAAGAGCUGCGGGUGCAGCUGGGCCGUAAAGAGGAUGAGCUGCAGGCAGCCCUGGCCAGGGCAGAGGAGGAGGGUGGGGCCCGUGCCCAGCUGCUCAAGUCCCUGCGGGAGGCACAGGCUGGCCUGGCCGAAGCCCAGGAGGACCUGGAGGCUGAGCGGGUGGCCAGGGCCAAGGCAGAGAAGCAGCGGCGUGACCUGGGUGAGGAGCUGGAGGCCCUGCGCGGGGAGCUGGAGGAUACGCUGGACUCCACGAAUGCACAGCAGGAGCUGCGGUCUAAGAGGGAGCAGGAGGUGACGGAGCUGAAGAAGGCCCUGGAAGAGGAAGCUCGUGCACACGAGGUGACGGUGCAGGAGCUGAGGCAGAGGCAUGGCCAGGCGCUGGGGGAGCUGGCAGAACAGCUGGAGCAAGCCCGCAGGGGCAAAGGUGUCUGGGAGAAGGCUCGGCUGGCCCUGGAGGCCGAGGUGUCGGAGCUGCGCACAGAGCUGAGCAGCCUACAGACUUCACGACAGGAGGGUGAGCAGAAGAGACGUCGCCUGGAGUCCCAACUACAGGAGGUGCAGGGCCGGGCUGGUGAUGGGGAGCGUGCCCGAGCAGAGGCUGCUGAAAAGCUGCAGAGAGCCCAGGCAGAACUGGAGAGUGUGUCCACAGCGUUGAGCGAGGCGGAGUCCAAAUCCAUCAGGCUGAGCAAGGAGCUGAGCAGCACAGAGUCCCAGCUGCAUGACACCCAGGAGCUGCUGCAGGAGGAGACCAGGGCCAAGCUGGCUUUGGGGUCCCGAGUGCGUGCUGUGGAGGCUGAAGCGGCAGGGCUGCGGGAGCAGAUGGAGGAAGAGGCCGCCGCCAGAGAGCGGGCUGCCCGCGAGCUGCAGAGUGCCCAGGCCCAGCUCUCUGAAUGGCGGCGACGGCAGGAGGAAGAGGCCGGGGCCUUGGAGGCGGGAGAGGAGGCUCGUCGCAAGGUGGCCCGUGAGGCCGAGGCCCUGACCCAGCGCCUGACUGAAAAGACGGAGGUGGUGGAGAGGCUGGAGCGGGGCCGCCGGCGGCUGCAGCAGGAGCUGGACGACGCUGUGGUGGACCUUGAGCAGCAGCGGCAGCUCGUGAGCACGCUGGAGAAGAAACAGCGCAAGUUCGACCAGCUCCUGGCUGAGGAGAAGGCCGCAGUGCUAAGGGCCGUGGAAGAACGGGAGCGAGUGGAGGCAGAAGGCCGGGAGCGGGAGGCCCGAGCACUGUCGCUGACCCGGGCCCUGGAGGAAGAGCAGGAGGCCAGGGAGGAGCUGGAGCGGCAGAACCGUGCUCUGAGGGCUGAGUUGGAGGCUCUGCUGAGCAGCAAGGACGACGUUGGCAAGAGCGUGCAUGAGCUGGAGAGAGCCCGCCGAGUGGCAGAACAGGCUGCCAGCGACCUGCGGACACAGGUGACUGAGCUGGAAGAUGAGCUGACAGCGGCCGAGGAUGCCAAGCUGCGCCUGGAGGUGACCGUGCAGGCCUUGAAAGCGCAGCAUGAGCGAGAUCUGCAGGGCCGCGAUGAAGCCGGUGAAGAGAGGCGGAGGCAGCUGGCCAAGCAGCUGAGGGAUGCUGAAGUGGAGCGGGAUGAGGAGCGGAAACAGAGGGCACUGGCUGUGGCUGCUCGGAAGAAGCUGGAGGCAGAGCUGGAGGAACUGAAGGCGCAGACCUCGGCUGCUGGGCAGGGCAAGGAGGAGGCAGUGAAGCAACUCCGCAAGAUGCAGGUCCAGAUGAAGGAACUGUGGCGGGAGGUGGAGGAAACCCGCACCUCGAGGGAGGAGAUCUUUUCCCUAAACAAGGAGAGUGAGAAGCGCCUCAAGGGGCUGGAAGAGGAGGUGCUGAGGCUGCAGGAGGAACUAGCCGCCUCAGACCGUGCCCGACGGCAGGCCCAGCAAGACCGGGAGGAGAUGGCAGACGAGGUGGCCAACGGCAAUCUCAGCAAGGCUGCCAUCCUGGAGGAGAAACGGCAGCUGGAGGGCCGCCUGGGGCAGAUGGAAGAGGAGCUGGAGGAGGAGCAGAGCAACGCGGAGCUGCUCAAUGACAGAUACCGAAAACUUCUGCUUCAGGUAGAGUCCCUCACCACAGAGCUGUCUGCUGAACGCAGCUUCUCAGCCAAGGCUGAGAGUGGGCGUCAGCAGCUGGAAAAGCAGAUCCAGGAGCUUCGGGGACGCCUCGGCGAGGAGGACGCUGGGGCACGUGCCCGCCAGAAGAUGGUGAUCGCUGCUCUUGAGUCUAAGCUGGCCCAGGCAGAGGAACAACUAGAGCAGGAGAGCAGAGAGCGCAUGCUUUCGGGCAAGCUGGUGAGAAGAGCUGAGAAGCGGCUGAAGGAGGUGGUUCUCCAGGUGGAGGAAGAACGCAGGGUGGCUGACCAGCUACGGGACCAGCUGGAGAAGGGUAACCUCCGGCUGAAACAGCUCAAGAGGCAGCUGGAGGAGGCGGAGGAGGAGGCAUCCCGGGCACAGGCUGGCCGGAGGCGGCUACAGCGGGAGCUGGAGGAUGUCACCGAGUCUGCAGAGUCCAUGAACCGGGAGGUGACCACACUGAGGAACAGGCUCCGGCGUGGCCCACUCACCUUCACCACUCGCACAGUUCGGCAGGUGUUCAGGCUGGAGGAGGGUGUGGCUUCCGAUGAGGAGGGGGAGGAGGCACAGUCUGGGUCUGCACCAACCCCAGAGCCUGAGGCUCCUCCCCCUGCCACAUCCCAGUGACCCAGGAUGUCUCAGAAGCCACAAGAUAGGGCCUGACGGAGGGCCCAUCCCAGAGACCCUCCUCUCUGGCUUAUAAUUUGAAAUGAUGCUGCCUUUAGCACUUUCCCUGCCCGGACCCGCAGGGGACCUCAAACCAAGGAGCUGGGCAGCAGGGAGGCGAAGAUGGGCCUCCUGUUAGGAUUCAGAAGGGAUGUGACUGGCAAGGGAGCCUGUCAGCUCAGCCUUCAGCAAGCUGACACCUCCAGAGGGCAAGCAGUGCAUGGACAUCUCCUCCCAGUGCUCCGCCCUCCUUUCUGUAGGGUGUGUAACCAGAGUGGAGUUCAGGUCCCUCGUGUUCCAGGCACUGCAAAAAUAAACCUUACCCCCAGCUGGACCCUCA